AUGUCGGGCUCAUCAGUAAAAGCUGGAGGGCAGUAUAGAGAACCCCUGACCGUGGCUAAACGAAGAGGGACUGCAACACAAGAGGGACUGCAGGGACAGAUAGCGAAAAGGACCUGCCUGCAGGCUGAAGAGGGCUUUGCUAUCGGAGGCGGCUCGGUAUUAGUUCGUACCAUUGUCACAAUCCAUGUAGGGUGUUCUGACAUGGGGUCGCUCCCAAAUGGAUGGGUGCAGACCCAUACGUGUGCCCUGGAACUAGGCGUGGAAACCUACAGUUUUAUGGUAACACAAUCACAUCACGAUCACAAUACCCAUACUGGCAAGAGGUAUAUUCGCCUUGUUAAGCUCGGUUCCUUGGCGAACUUGGCCCAAGGCAAAAGUCGGUGCCUUGACUUUGGUACAAUACUAUCGGACACUACAUAA